AUGUCUGGAGUUCCUUUUCGGCUACCUGCUGGUAUUAUUAUGUCCCGGCUCCUCGCAUUGCCAAAUACCCUCCGUGUCUUGAUGCCCAUUCCCCUAUUCCACCCUGGGCCAGCAGCAAUCAGGACCAUGGCUUCGGCAUCUCACGCACCUCCACGCAGAUUCCCUUCGUCGGAGUUUGUGACUAUUGAUCCAAAGCUGAAGGUAGAGGAGGAGGAACUGCCCUCCUAUGUGCCAGGAGACUUUUACCCAGUUACGAUUGGUGAGGUCUUCAUCGAGAGAUACCAAGUAGUGACUAAACUUGGCUUUGGUAUAUCGUCUACAGUGUGGCUUUGCCGGGACCUUGUAAUAUACUAUAUGCGGGCAUGCGGUGACUUCAAGAUGACCAACUUUCCUGUUAGGAGUCAUCGAUAUCUAUCUCUCAAAGUAUGCACUUCACACAAACGGCAAAAUAAUGAGAUUUCCAUUUGCAACCAUCUCAAGGCAAGCAACAUCGAACACCCCGGAACACCGUUUGUUCGCAUGAUACUUGAUUCUUUCAAUAUCAUGGGUCCAACGGGGAACCAACACCAGUGCUUGCUUUACAAACCACUUGGGAUGAGCUACACAGCAUUCCUUGACAUGUUUCCCGGCAAGCAGAUGCCUGAGACCCUAGUUCAAAGGAGCAUGCAGUUGAUACUCUUGGGGCUAGACUAUCUACAUAAAGCCAAGGUUGUCCACACAGACAUAUCUACAAAUAACAUCCUCCAAGGGAUCACUGAUCUUACAGCCCUUUCUGAAAUUGAAGAUGGUGAAGCCAACCAGCCAAUCGCUAGAAAGGUUCUUGAUGAUCGCACGAUCUUUGUCUCGCGACCCAUGCCGAUAAAUACGGGAUUACCUGUUCUCUGUGACUUCGGUGACGCGCGCAUCGGUGACAAGCACAAGGGUGAUAUUAUGCCAGGGAUUUACAGGGCCCCGGAGGUUAUUCUGGAUAUGGAAUGGGAUUCUAAAGUGGAUAUUUGGGCAGCCGGCCUCACAACCUGGGAUCUCCUCGAAACGGGAACUCUUUUUUUCGCAAGAAAAGACGGCCUACUGAAUGAUGAACAGCACCUAGCUGAGAUGGUGUCACUUCUUGGGCCUCCGCCUCUCGAGUUCAUAAGACGAAGCAGCAAAUGCCUUCAGUACUGGGAUGAAAACGGUAUGAUCAUAACCCAGCAAUUGUAA